AUGGCGGCGCGCGUGCGGCCGGCGCGCCUGCUGCUGCUGCUCGGGCCGGCGGGCGGCCUGGGCCUCGGCGUGCGGCCUUACCGGGCGCCGCCGCCGCCGCGUCGUCCGCCGGGGCCCCGCUGGCCAGACCACGAGGCCCCGCUGACCCCGCACUGGCAGCGGGGGCCGCGCCACGCCGCCAAGCAGUUCGCGCGGCACGGCGCGGCGUCCGGGGUGGCCCCCGGCGCGCUGUGGCCGUCGCGCACGCGGCUGCGGGAGCUGCAGGCCGAGGAGGACGCGGGCUGGCCGAGCCUGGCGCGCAUGCAGGAGUCGCUGCGGGAGAAGCAGCUGGCCGAGGAGCAGCGGAGCCGGGAGAGGGAACAGCACAUCGCCGAGUGCAUGGCCAAGAUGCCCCGGAUGAUCGAGGACUGGCGGCGGCAGAAGCGGGAGCGCUGGGAGAAGGCGCAGGCCGACAAGGAGAGGAGGGCGCGGCUGCAGGCCGAGGCCCAGGAGCGCCUGGGCUACCACGUGGACCCGAGGAGCGCCCGCUUCCAGGAGCUGCUGCAGGACCUGGAGAAGCAGCAGCGCAAGCGCCUCAAGGAAGAGAAGCAGCGGCUCAAGAAGGAGGCGCGGGCGGCAGCCUUGGCCGCGGCUCCCACCCCGGCCGCCAACCAGGACCCCGCUGCUCCCCAAUAAAGACUGCUGGCCUGC